AUGACCACCGCCGAACUACGGCACCGCCCGCCGCCCUCCGACGACGCCCCAGAACCGAAUUCCAAAGCCGGCAUCGCCGGUCCGGUUCUAGAUCCGAAUGUCGGCCAUCCCGCAGGCGAGGCUAAAUAUGGCCGUUUCAGAGCAUUCAUCCGUGCUGUCACAUUUUUGAUCUACUUCACCAGCGGCUGUCUGACUGUACAUAUUACUCAGAUCCUCGGCGCCCCGCUCUACUACCUCAACCGCGACCUGUACUAUGCCUACAUGUCCUUGACAAAGGCCUCCUUUGGCCUGCUGAUCACCACCAUGACACAAUGGUGGGCACCGACAGUUAUAAGAAUAAGCGGCGACUCCUCUGUUGCCGGACAGUUCAGCUUGACCCCGGACGGCAGGGUCGAAUGCGCUUUUCCCGAGCGGAUGGUUAUGAUCGCAAACCACCAGAUCUAUACCGACUGGUUGUAUCUUUGGUGGGUCGGGUAUACGAAUAACCCUCAAAUGCACGGACAUGUCUACAUCAUCCUGAAAGAAUCCCUGAAAUGGGUUCCCGUCAUCGGACCUGGCUGCAUGUUCUUUGGCUUCAUCUUCUUGUCUCGCAAGAUGGCCGUCGACCGACCGCGCCUAGCCCACAGGCUUGGCAAGCUCAAGACUCGACAUACGGGUCUUGACGGUAAGCGCUUUCUGAACCCGAUGUGGCUGCUCCUCUUCCCCGAAGGCACCAACUUAUCUUCGAACGGACGAGUCAAGUCAGCUAAAUGGGCUGAAAAAUCGGGUCUCCGGGAUACGGAGCACAUGAUGCUGCCUCGAAGCACCGGCAUGUUCUUCUGUCUCAACGAGCUCAAAGGGACGGUGGAUUACGUAUACGAUUGCACCGUAGCCUACGAAGGUGUCCCUCGCGGAAGAUAUGGCGAAGACUUUUUCACAUUAUCAAGCACUUAUUUCCAAGGUCGACCUCCUAAGUCGGUAAAUUUCUACUGGAGACGUUUCGCGUUGGCCGAUAUGCCUUUAGACGACCAGGAAGAGUUCGAUAAGUGGCUCCGCGAAAGAUGGUAUGAAAAAGAUGCCGUGCUCGAACAGUACGUCUCGACGGGGCGAUUUCCAGCAAACGGUGCAGGUAUCAAGGGACAUAUCGAGACGGAAGUUCGUACCAAAAACUGGUGGGAAUUCAUCAGAAUAUUUGUUAUGCUUGGUGCGUUCGGGUUGAUAUUCAACUUCAUGCUCCGAAUCAUUCGAAUACUCGUUCGUGGUUAG